AUGGGGCCACCGGAUGCCAUCCUCGGCAUUACCGAGGCAUUCAAACGUGACACCAACCCCAAAAAGGUGAAUCUGGGCGUUGGAGCGUACCGCGAUGAUGACUGCAAGCCAUGGGUCCUGCCGUCAGUUCGAAUAGCUGAGCGCCGCAUCGUAGACAAGAAUCUGGAUAAGGAAUACCAGCCAAUCACUGGUAACGCCCAAUUUGCUCGGCUCGCCAUCGAGUUUGCACUGGGGUCGAACUCCAAGGCCCUGAAAGAAGAAAGAGUAAGUUCUAAUGGCUGCUUACUCAUUCUUUACAAUUCUUUGCGUAAUUCCUAUAUCUCCAUUGUCCUCUCUUCCAGAACUGCACCAGUCAGUGCCUCUCUGGUACUGGAUCUCUGAGGAUCGGCGCGGCUUUCCUUGUACGUCUUUGUUUUUAAUAGCUGUUUUCUCAGACUGUUCUCAUAGGAACCGAACCAGCUUGGCCUCGUAAAUUAAUGUUUGUACAUACGCAUGUGCAUAGUUGCAUGUAUACCUUGUUAUCACGGGAGAGGGGACCAAAUCCCAUCUCCCUUAACAUCACGGAAUACGGUAUUUUAUUUACCGUGAGGCCUAGACAACGGGCCUCUGGUUUCCUUUUGAAGGGAAAAAUACUGCUAUAGGACGUACGGGCAAGACAAAACUCUUGAGAAUAUGCAGAAUGAGGAUAAGUAUUAUCAAGUGGUUUAAAUCCCAAUUACUCAUACAACGACUUCUUAGCCGUACCACGCAUGGAAAGUAUUAUCCAUCCGCAAAACGUACAUACUUUUCACCAGUCAUUAUUUUCGGAAAUUCCCAAUCCAUUGAAUUAUUCGCAAAAAUACUACCCAUGACGCCAGCAGUGUUUACCCUGUCAGCUUCUGUAAAACUAUACUCCUGGCAUCCAACAUACUUCCUCAGCUAGAUUCUGGUGUCCUGUUGGCCAAUAUUUGUCUAAUUUGACGACUGAUUAAUAAUCAUUCUUAUCGUGACUGUCAAUAAAGCAGGCGAUGUCGGUUCAGGCAAAUAUUUAUUUCGUUCUUUCGUAAAUCUAGGGCCGAUUCUCCAAGGUCAAGGAGGUUUGGUUACCCAAGCCAACUUGGGCGAAUCACAUUCCUGUCUUCAAGUGAGUUCCCCUCGAUUUCAUCUGACUGAUUUUCUCAUGCCCUUCCAUUGUCAUUUUACCUGAGUGCUUUCGAUGUUAUCGUAUUCAUGUAUCUCUGGUCUUACACUUCGAAUGCAGGGAUUCUGGAAUGAAUGUGAACUUCUAUCGUUACUAUGACCCAUCGACCUGUGGCUUCGACUCAGCCGGCUGCUUCGAGGAUCUUUCGAAAAUCCCCGAGGGCCACUGUGUCCUUCUCCACGCCUGCGCGCACAACCCCACGGGCGUCGAUCCCACCAUGGAACAGUGGAAACGCAUCGGAGAAAUCAUCAAGACCAGGAAGCUUAUUCCUUUCUUCGACAUGGCCUAUCAGGUAGCUCACACCCCCAUAGGUCUAACUUCGGAUCCUAGAUGGGCAUUUUUAAACCGACUAUUAUCUUUCCGUUUUCAUCAGGGAUUCGCUUCCGGCGAUCCGGACCGGGAUGCGGCAGCCUUGCGAUAUUUCGUCGAGGAAUUGCAUGUGCCGACCGUCCUUUUGGCCCAAAGCUUUGCCAAAAACAUGGGCCUCUAUGGCGAGCGUGUUGGCGCCUUCACUCUUAUUUGCGAUUCCAAAGAAGAGGCUGCUCGCUGCAUGUCUCAAAUUAAGAUUCUUAUUCGUCCCAUGAUCAGCAAUCCGCCCUUACAUGGUGCUCGCAUCGCUGCUGAAAUUCUUUCUGACCAAGAGCUUCGCAAUAAGUGGUAAGUAUACGUUCGUGUGCCGAUGUUGUAAAAUCUCGACUGCGCAAUGUUUUAUUGCGCCUAUAUGACCACCAAUGUAAACUUCUAUUACAGGCUCGCUGAUGUAAAACUAAUGGCCAAUCGCAUCAUUAGCAUGCGCACGGCGCUGAGGGAGAAGUUGAAGGAAGAGGGAUCGAAGCGUAGCUGGAAUCACAUCACGGAUCAAAUUGGCAUGUUCUGUUACACUGGUUUGAGCCCAGAACAGGUAAGCUGCCAUUUUGUUGACGUUUUUUUUACAGUUGUAGUGGUCGGUCACUUAGUAUUGCACAAGCAUCCAUAGGUACACCAUUCGCGUCUUGGGUGGAUCGCAGCACAAGCUUGCUGCCUGCCAGUGCGUUCGUUACGGCACUGGAAUUGUAGAGUCCGGGCGCAGUGUCAGGCUGCGCGUCAUCUUAAAUCGCCAUGCGCGGUUUUCUUUCGAGCCCGGUCGAGGUAGUUUUCGAAUGUUUGACACUUUGCAGCAUCUGCACAGUCUACGCCUACUUGAAUACUCUUGAAACUUGUCGAGUUUUCGGACGAACCUGGGAAGAACACGCCAUCUUCGAGGCGGCUCACUCAGGUCGAAAAUAGGACAUGUACUGACUUAAACUAACUCAAUGUUCCCAAUACCUAACCCAUUAUCUACGUAGGCUUAUUUUCUCCAAUAAAGAAACAGGACAACGGUUACGAUCCUCGUUAUAUUACGGAACUACGUAACUAGGCGUGAUUACCUCAGCCUUUGUUUGUUUUCCAUGUGUGCAAAUUGUCACGUCUUGGGUGUAAUUUCUGUUCACUAUGUUGCCCAUUGUCAAGUAUACCAUAUAACUGUGCUCACUGUAUGAAUUCUCCGUCAAACAGGUGGAACGCCUAACAAAGGAGUUUUCAAUCUACCUCACGAAAGACGGGCGCAUUAGUGUCGCCGGCAUCACUACUAAGAAUGUCGGUUACCUUGCUCAUGCAAUGCAUGAAGUGACCAAGUAG